AUGGACGGUGCAUUGACUACUGAGCAUAAGGAGGAUGGGUCUUUGCGGAGGAGAAAGAGAGAAGAAGGAGAGGAUCAGAUCGGGAGCAAGUUGUUAAAAACGGAAAGCAGCGGGUAACCUUUUGACAGCUGCCACUUCGCAGGUUGUGUAGGCCUUGCUCUGGGCUGCUGAUAAGUAGGGUUGUUUUAAGUUCACAGAGCACACAACCCACUUUUUACAGCAGCUAGAAUAAAUGCAAUGAUAAAUACAAUUAUCAAAAGGAAUACGGUACUGUUUUUUAAAUCCAUGCUUGGCUUCACACAUGGUCUCUGUAUUAUUAAAUUAAUUAAAUGCCAUUUAGCAGACGCUUUUAUCCAAAGCGACUUACAGUCAUGUGUGCAUACAUUUUUGUGUAUGGGUGGUCCCGGGGAUUGAACCCACUACCUUGGCGUUACAAGCGCCGUGCUCUACCAGCUGAGCUACAGAGGACCACAGGACCUGUAUGGUACUGUAUUCUAUGGUACUGUACUGUAUUGUAUGGUACUGUACAUUCUAAAUGUAUUUGUCAUUCCUAUUUCACCAGUUUGGAGUCUUGCUUGGAUCAGCCAGUUGAGUUGAGAAGUGUUCAUGAAGUCAUCAAGUAUGGCGCCUCAUCUCUGCCA